AGUAAAGUAUUGGUAUAUAGUGCAGUAUAUUGGUAUAUAAAGCAGUAUAUAAUGACAAAAACUGCAAAGUCCAAUAAAGAAUUAUAUAGUUAUCAAAUUGCAACUGAGUUUGCCUAAUUAAUCAAACACAAAGUAUUAUUUAAAUGCCCCCAAUGCUACACUAACAAAAGUAACAUAAGGGUACAAUGAUCCCUCAUGCUACGCACGUUCUGCAACAUUAGAGAGCAUUGUCCUUCAUGUUACAGAGUUUCUGUAACAUGAGGGACAAAUAAAAAGAAAAGGUAACAUGAGGGGCAAAAUGUAACAUGAGGGUUCAAAGCGUAGCGCCAGGGAUCAUUGAAAGGUAGCAUGGGGGAUAUCACGACUACUGUUACUGCUGCUGCUACUACUACUACUACUACUACUACUACUACUACUACUACUACUACUACUACAACUCUGCUCGCGAGCCCUUAUGUUACUAAACAGUCAAGCGUAAAAGUGGGAUAGACAAAUUUUGAAAAGUCUAAUUUUUUUAAAUGUUUUUGACAAAAUCUAUCUUAUAAUUUUAUAAUAUAAACAAAAAAAUCAAAUUUUUUUUGGUUACGAUAGAAAAUUAUCACACAAAAUGACAGUAGUUGUAGCAAUGCGUAACAUAAGGGCUUUUCGGAUUUUUAAUGAAUUUUCAUAAUAUGUUAUUAAAUGUUUUUUUUUUUCUUGAAAAGGAACAACUUCCUCACACAUAUCACAAAAUUCUACAAUUUUUUGUCAAGUAUUUCAUUUGCUGACAAUUGAUUUUUUCAUCAACUGACAAUUAGAUUUUUUCAUCUUCCAAAAAGUUCACGGAAACUUAUUCAAAGUUGUGGUGAACUUAAUUUUGAGUUCUGAGUUUUUUCAAUGCAAAAUAGCCUAUUUUGUACAACUAUGUAACCAAAAGUAAGUAAGGUCCUUUUAUGAAGUUUUUAUCUUGACAUUAUUUGCACAAAAAAUACAUAAAAGUUUUUAAUUAUAUGUAAUAGCUAAGGUGUUUAAAUUAACUUUCCAAUAUUUUUUUUUGCGUAGCAUGAGGGCUACGGUACUUUCAUACAUUUAAAUACUAAAGAUUUUUUGAUUUAAACUUUAAUCAAAUGAAACAUUUCUUUUGUGUGGAUUUUCAAUAAGUGAAAUUUUAAAAGCAAUUGAACUACAUAUAAUAAUAACAUUCAAUAAAACAGUGGGUAGGGGGAGGAGGGGAUAAUGCAAAACAAAGUAACCCGCCCUCUCUAAAAUAAAAGUGUUGAAUUAUCACAAAUAUUAGGAUUGUACAUAAAUUUUGUUCACAUAAAAAUAAGCAAAAUAAGAGAGAAUCCCUAGGUUGCUAUGUUUUGAAACUAUAGUUUUUUGGUUUAAUACUUUAACAACAUUAUAUAAAUGCCUGAAAUCGCAACCUGUAAUGUGCAUCACCAAAUUGUUUAACUCCUUUUAUAAAGCUGAUUGCUGAACAGCUAAACAAGUUAUGGAAAUUAAUAAAUUAUAAAAACAAAAGGAAAAAAAUAUAAUAAGUGGAUUCUUUUAUCUCCUAAGAUAAAAGAAUCCACUUAUUAUAAUUUUCAAUUUUAUUUGCAAUGUAGUUGAUUAUACACAGGAUUGCCAUGAGAAGGGGGCAAAAGGGACAGUUUUUCCAGGGCAGCAGAUGUCCAAGAUAGUGCCAAAUAAAAAAAAGGUACUCAAAAAUAAAAUUAAAACAAGUACUUUACUGAUAAUAUUGAAAAAUUUUGAUGAAUAAGAGUAUUAAUCAGGGGCCGUGUCCGUGUCCUGUCCUGGGCCGUGUUACAUCUCUUGGCGGCCCUGGUUAUAAAAACGAAGGUCUUGAAAUGAAUUGUUCUUAUAACAUAUUUAUUGUGAGCAACAGUAAAAAAAAUAACGUAUUCGACAGUAACCAAAUUUAAUUUUAGUAAACUCAAGUUAUAGCCUAAUCAAGUCAAGUCUAAUAAAAUUUAUAAAGAGCACAUCUAACUCAAAUGAUGUUUUCCAGAUAAUCUAGAUAAUAAGAAAAAUGUAUUCAACGUAAAAAAAACAUUACAUUUAUUGUGUGACUUCUUCAAGCACGGAGUCUGAGAGAAUUUUUAUCAAUCUUUGCGGCCUUAAAUUUAACAUUAAGUUUAUAAUAAAUUUAGGCAACACUGAUGCACAUGGAUAAGGAAGUUUGAAAAAAACUCUCAGAUGAAAGGAUUUAUGCCUAGAUGUUAAACAAUCAAAUCUUGAAAAAAAAGUUUUUGUAAGGCGAUUGCAGUGAGCUUUCGUAUGAAAGCCGCCUGGCUGGUUUAAGUAGAGCAUAAAAUUUACCUUUAUUCAUUCUUUGACAUCAAUCUUAAUUUGGUUAAAAGGGACACCAGAGAGAGAGGGAGAUCAAGGGUCACUUGCCCCCUAUCCAACUUUUUUAUGGGAAGAAGUUGUUGGACUUAUCACGACCAAUAACUAGGGAACCUAUUAAUUAUCUUACAUAUAUGUAUACAUAUAUAUAUGGGGAAGCGGAAUAGUAUCGAAAAUUAACUGAUCGAAAAAAUGAUUAGUAUUGAAAAAUAACUGACCGAAACUCAUUUUAAUGAUUAAGAUCGAAAAUGUGAUUUUCAGAAUUAUAUUGAAAUGUUUUUAUAUCGAAAUUAUUCUAAAAUGUCGUUAGAGAACUUAUCAAAAAAUUAUAAUGAAACUGAAGUAGAAAGAAAAAAUUCAAAUGUGUUUUGGUCUAGUGAUUUUGGAUACACUAAAGAUAAACUUUACAAAGACAAACUGCAUCUUAAGUGUCGUUUUUUUACAAGAAUGAACUGCAAAGGCAGAGCUUUUAUUCAUGAAGAUAAACUUCAGGUUACAACUGUUCACAGUUGCAGUUCAAGAGAAACAGACUUUGAAGUGCUGCUUGCUAAAAGUACCAUGAAAAAAAAAGCAGAAGCAACAUCUGAAGACCUGCGCUUAAUUUUUCAAAACACUUUGAGUGAGUUUCCUGCAGUUGUUUCUGAGUCUGUUAGUUUGUCAAAGUAUCCCAAGUCUUCAGAAAAGGAGAAUGCUAAAUGAGCCAUCAAACCCAAAAUCACCUAAUGAAGUUCUGAACAACAAAGAGUGCCAUCGCUAUGGAGACAUUUUCUUGGGAUCAGUUGCAGAACAGGAUAACAUAGCAUUGCUGUUUGGGCAUAUGCUAGUCAUCAACAACGCGAAAUUGGCCAAAGUGUGUUUUGUUGAUGGAACAUUUAGCAUGACACCACGCAUGGAGGAAAGUAAGUGGUAUCAGCUCUUGAUAUUUUCUGUUGAGUAUUCAGCAGUACUUGAAGAUCCAAUUCCAGAUGAGGAUCAGAUGAAUUUUGAUCCUGAUAACCCUAACCUUUGGGGAAUAUCUGUUCCAGUUGUAUGCACUUUCAUGACAUCGAAAUCCGAGGCUCUAUACAAGGUUGUUUUUUCCAAAAUAAAAGAAGUUUUAGAUUUCUCUCCAGUCACCAUUAUGUCAGAUUUUGAACGAGGAUUACAGUAUGCUUUAAAAACAACUUGGAGUGAAAGCUUGGUUAAUGGUUGCAGGUUUCAUUUAGAAAAUGCAAUCACCAAGCAAUUAGCAAUUCUUGGUCUUCAGAGGGAAUACCACCACCAAAUUCAAGUAAAGAAGUGGGCACAAAAAGUUUCAGCACUUUGUCUCCUUCCUGCAAACAAGAUCUUGGUUGCUUGGGGAUCUCGAGUUAUUGAGAUUGCACAAUUUAGUCGCGAAAUCAAAAUCAAACUACUUGCUUUUAAAAGGUAUUUUGAGAGUUAUUGGCUCAAUAUAGUGACCCCAGAAGGAUUCAGUGUUUAUGGCUUGAACCACAAAACCAAUAACAAUGCAGAGAGUCUCAAUAGACGUUUGAAAUCAAACAUGGGUGAUCGACAUAGAGGAUUUUGGCAGUUUAUGAAAUUGCUUAACCAGCAUGUAAUAGUCCAUACAAUUCAAGAGCUUCAACAGCUUGCCUGCAAUCAGCCAGUCCGCCGUGACCAACGCGACUAUGUUGCAAUUGAAAAAAUGCGUUGUUUUGAGAAAAAACUUCAAGACGAAGUUUGGACAACUGAGAGAUUCCUAUCAACAGUAUCAUAUCUCUUUCAAAACUUCAAAGUAGUUGCUUUGGAUGGAAACUCAAUGAACGUGGUUGGUGAUAGUCUUCUUUUGCCAACUUCUACUUCAACAGAGUCACCGAAGUGCGUUGUUUGUACCGUCAAUGAACGAAAUGCAUUAGUAAUGCCUUGCAGACAUUUUUUGUUUUGUCUGCCCUGCAUUCAAUAAGUCCAAAAAAGCAACACAGCUCAUUGUCCCACUUGCUGAGGACCAAUUUCAUCUAUAAUUGAACCUUUUCAAUGAUUCAGUAAAAUUUUCCCUUUUACCUAUAUUUAAAAAACUAGAAUGUCACACAAUUGUUUAAAUUUAUUUAAAAAAAUUUAUUAUAUAAAAGCAGUAUAAUUUUUUUCCUAUUGCUCCGCCUGGAAUAAAAAAUAAUCAAUAACGUCAUUUUUUAGUUUACAUAAAUGACUUUAAAUUCCAUUUGGGCCUACAAGAUUUUCCGUAAGUUGGCGUAUUGUAUUGGUUUCAGUUGAGCAAACCCCAUAUUAUGUUAAGGAUAAGUACUAAAUAAAUUCCAUCUCCCUAGAAACAAUAGUCAUUUACAUGUUAAAGUUAUUGUAUAGAUAAAUGUAGCAUAAAAUUCUACAGCUGCUUGUCUAGCAAAAUUAAAUAAGUUUCUUUGAAGCAAGUGACAGUAUCAACAAAAGACAUAUCGCGAGGGUUACUAUGUUACGAUUAGCACUUUCGUGUGCACAAGCGUGUCAGAAGCAACUUUUUGCUUUUAACUUUUUUUAACUAGGUUUUAACUUGUCUAGUUAGCUUUUAACUUGUUUAACUUGGUUAAAACUAAGAAGAAAACAAGUGCUAAAACAUUUUGGGCCGGAAUCAUAACUUGUUACAGUCAGCAAAAAAAUAUAUAGAAAUUUAACAAAAAACUAUAUAAUUGGAAUAAGCUCGUCAAAAAGUAUGUGAAAACCAUAUGCUAAAAAUAUUUCCUUUUUAACACCUUAUAGAUUAUAUAAAACACAGACCCAGAUUUUACAGACCAGCACAAAACAGCUAUAAAAAAGGAUUUUUCAUCCUUAAUUUGCUUUAUAAUAAAUAUGCAUUUUGUUUAAAGAGUUGCUAUUGAUAUAAAUUUUCUAUUAAAAGCUAGUUUCUGUUAAAUUUAUCACGUCCUUACUGUUGGUAGGGGUGGGGAAAGAGAGGAGAUAAUCGUGAGCAAUUGACAUCUUUUUUUUGACCAAAUAUUUUUAGUUUCACGUUAUAAAAAUUAAUUAAGAUUUUCUAUUCUUGACUACAAUUUUCUCCGAAACGACCAACCUAACCUAAAAAUCUUUACGAU